GGCGGGUAUACCACAUAUCCCCCUGCAGUAAUGGAACGCCCAGACUGAGGGUCUUCCCCAGCCCAUUGUCUGGGCUGGCAAGACAGUCCACAUGUUUUCUCUUUACUUCAGAUCAACAUAUAGGAAGGAAAGUAUGGAGCUGCUGGCUCUUGCAGAUCGUGAAAUCCAGGCGGAGCCUGUUUGUCAUCUAAGGCCAUUCAUUCAAGAGGUCAUUCACCCUGGUUCCAGGCCUGGGUGUGUGCUAAGGGCAGAGCUACCAGCUGGGCCCCACUGCCACAGGCUCUACAGCACUGUUCCCCCAGGUGACGGCUGUGACGGGUGCUCAGGCGCAGAGACCAUCCAGUGCUCCCGUAAGGGGAGGACAUAGAAACCAACGCUGCUCCCAGCAGCAGAUCAAGGCAGGCCCAGAAGUCAGAUCCCAGGGGUCUUCAGGGCUUUGCUCAAGGGCCAGAACCUAGGAGGCCAGGUGGGCAGCUUGGGAACAACGGGGCCUAAGGAUUUCAUUGUCAGAAACGUAUCCCAACCGUGAACAGGGGCAUGGACCACAAUGACGGGGUCAUCCAAGCUCCAGCUGGCACCGUGGUGCCUCAGGAACUGCUGGAAGAAAUGCUUUGGUUUUUUCGAGUAGAAGAUGCAUCUCCUUGGAAUUAUUCCAUCUUUGCCCUGGUGGGUGUGGUGAUUGUGAUAAGCAUCGUCCUCCUGAGAAAGAGCAUCCAGGCAAACAGAAAUCAAAAGACACUGAGGAAAAACAAACCGGAAACAACAACUCUGGAAGUCCAAGACUUGGCUGAGGCCGGAGCCAGAGAGGACAACAACCUGAACAUGCUAAGAGAGACUUUGCUCUCAGAAAAGCAAAAUUUGGCCCAGGUGGAAACUGAGUUAAAAGGGAGAAAGGUGCCACUGGUUCUCCUUCCAGACCCACAAGAAUCUGAGAGCUAAGAGGGGUCCAGAGCACUGCCCCAUGUUGUCAGCAGAUUCAGUGAAUGAACUGCAAUCAAAAUAUUGUUAUGAAAAAAAACCCUCCCUUUUUAUUAAAAUGCAUCUGAAGUGGGCA